AACAGUGUUUAAUAUAUGCGCACAGAAAAACUAUGAAACUUUUUAUGUUUCUUAUUGACUUAUAUGUCACCCAACAAGCUUGAUUGAGAUUAAAAGUUUGAUUAUUUUUGGGCCAUGAUCUGAUUGGAAUGGAGCACUAUGAGCCUCUUUCUUUGACAUUUUUAUGCAUAUAUAAUUUGAACCUUUCCUUCCUCCCAUAAUUUCUUAUUAUUGUUAAUUUUCUUUCCUAAUUUCUUAUUAUUCAUAUAUAGCCUUUUUUGCUUAAUAUUUUUUCAUAUAACUCAGGUAAUCCGAGGCUCCAAGCCAGAGUCCAGCUAAAAUACGUAGCACUGAGGAUCUCUUCCCGAAAUAGAAAGUUUUGGACCCUAUCUGGUUAUAAAUAAAGAGUAAGAUCGAUUUUUCGCCGAGUCAAAUGAAACCAUGACUAACCCUUAAGAAUCUUACCACUGAUGGAUUUCCAAAGAAUGGCACGGCGUUAUAGACAAUCUUUACCACGACAGGACCUCCAGUGGUUAUCGUCCUCAUCAAAACAGAUUAAAUACAUUAGAAAGAAGUUAAAAGGAAAAAGGUUAAAAACUUUGGACUGUGGGGAUCAAAAGUAUGAGAAAAUUUCAACUUGGAGUUGUCCCACGGUUGCAUUGUGAUUAUAUAUAAUAAUAAUAUGUGUAUAAAUAUAAUAACACACUAAACGUCUACAUCGCAUACUUCCUUCAAGCAUUUGGCUUCUUUAGCUCUCAUAAAACUCCCAUACCCAUUCAACACUUGUCCUUCUAAUCAUUUUACUCAAUUCAAGACCAAAGGUUUUUUUUCUUUCUUAUUAGUGUUAUUUUCUUGAGAGGGCAACGGAAACAGAAGAAAGAGAAUGGGAAGAGCACCAUGUUGCGAGAAAAUGGGGAUGAAGAGAGGACCAUGGACUCCUGAAGAAGAUCAAAUCUUGAUCAAUUAUAUUCAUCUUUAUGGUCAUUCUAAUUGGCGAGCUCUCCCGAAACACGCAGGUUUACUUCGAUGUGGGAAAAGUUGCAGACUUCGUUGGAUCAAUUAUCUGAGGCCAGACAUUAAACGUGGCAAUUUCACUCCUCAAGAAGAACAAACUAUCAUCAAUUUGCAUGAAAGCUUAGGCAACAGAUGGUCUGCGAUUGCUGCAAAGUUGCCGGGACGAACCGACAAUGAAAUAAAAAAUGUUUGGCACACUCAUUUGAAGAAAAGAAUCAGCAAAAAUAUUCAAAACAAUGGCGGAGACACCAAAGACAUUAACGGAAUUAACGAGACCGCACACGUAGACAAAGAAUCGGUGAUUGUCGACACAGCCUCUCUACAACAAUUUUCUAGUAGUAUUACGACAUUUGAUAUUUCAAAUGAUAGCAAGGACGAUGUUAUGUCGUACGAGGAUAUUUCUGCCUUGAUAGAUGAUAGUUUUUGGUCGGACGUCGUAUCAGUAGAUAACUUCAACAGCAAUGAGAAGAAAAUAGAGGAUUGGGAAGGGUUGAUCGAUAAGAAGGGUAAGAAAUGUAGCUAUAAUAAUUCGAAGUUGUAUAAUGAUGACAUGGAGUUUUGGUUUGAAGUUUUCACUAGUAAUCGUAGAAUUGAGGAAUUUUCCGACAUACCCGAGUUUUAAUUUUGAUUUUGUCGUUAAGACUUUGAAAGUCUUUUUGUAAUCCAAAUGAAUAAAUUUAAGAGUCUUUUUUUUUUC